AGGCUGGCCCGCCCCACAGUCACUCUUGUGCCUCUGAACAGCCACAGGGGUGAAGCCUGUCACCCCCACGAUCUGGUCAUCAGGGAAAAGGACAGGGAGACCAGAGGAGGGCCAGCGGGGGUCAGGGGGUGGAGGCUCAGGAAACAGCAUCUGAGAAGGGCAGGGACCAGGCGCAGGAGGCCAGGGGCCCCCGAGAACAGACUCCCCUCAGAAGUGCAGAAGAGGAGAGCGGAAGAAGCCGAGGGAGGGACAGACAGGAGCCUGAGAAGGAAAGAGGAGGGGGAGAAGGGUCAGGCCUGGCAGCCAAGGAGGAGGCGUGUGACUGGGCCUGUGUGGCUGGGGGCUGCUGGCCUUGGCUUCCUGUGGGGCACAAGGCUGGCCCCGCGUGCGGUCCCUGGAGCUUUGGAGCAGCGGCAUCCCCGGGGGGCCAGGCAGAGGCACUCAUUGUCAGGUCGGGAUGUGCCUCUGAGAGCUGAAAGGAGUACCCCACCAUGGCCCCCAGCACCCUCUGGAGCUGCUACCUCUGCUGCCUGCUGACUGCAGCCACCAAAGCUGCCAGCUACCCUCCUCGAGGUUACAGCCUCUACACAGCGGGCAAUGGGGCCCUCAGCCCUGGGAGGCCCCAGGCCCAGAACGCUCCCCGGCCCGCCAGCCGCCACAGGAACUGGUGUGCUUAUGUGGUAACCCGGACUGUGAGCUGUGUGCUUGAAGAUGGAGUAGAGAGUUUCAUCAAGUCAGACUAUCAACCCUGCAGCUGGGGCCAGCCCCAGUGUCCUGGAAGCAUCAUGUAUCGAAACUUCUUCCGUCCUCGCUACCGUGUGGCCUACAAGACAGUGACAGAUAUGGAAUGGCGGUGCUGUCAAGGGUACAGGGGAGAUGACUGUGGAGAAGGUCCUGCCCCAGCGCUGGGGCCCGCACCCUCCACCCCGCACCCCAGGCCCCGUCCUGCCCGCCCCAACCUCUCUGGCUCCAGUGCAGGCAGCCAUCUCAGUGGACUUGGGGGAGAAGGUCCCGGGGAGUCAGAGAAGGUGCAGCAGCUGGAGCAGCAAGUGCAGAGUCUGACCAAGGAGAUGCAAGGCCUUCAGGGUGUCCUGCAGGGGCUGAGCGGGCGCCUGGCGGAAGACGUGCAGCGGGCCGUGGACACAGCCUUCAACGGGAGGCAGCAGCCGGCAGACGCGGCCGCCCGCCCUGGCGUGCACGAAACCCUCAAUGAGAUCCAGCACCAGCUGCAACUCCUCGACAACCGCGUCUCCACGCAUGACCAAGAGCUGGGCCACCUCAACAACCAUCACAGUGGCGGCGGCGGCGGGGAAGGCCGGGUCCCGGCCCCAGCCCCGGCCGGCCCCAGUGAGGAGCUGCUCCGGCAGCUGGAGCGGCGGCUGCAGGAGUCCUGCUCGGUGUGCCUGGCGGGGCUCGAUGGCUUCCGCCGGCAGCAGCAGGAAGACCGGGAGCGGCUGCGAGCGCUGGAGAAGGCCCUGGCCGCGGUGGAGGAGCGGCAGCGGCAGCUCGCGGGCCCGGCCGCGGGGCGCAGGCCCCCGGCGGAAUGCUGCCCUCCGGAGCUGGGCCGGCGACUGGCCGAGCUGGAGCGCCGGCUGGACGUGGUGGCGGGCUCCGUGACCGUGCUGAGCGGCCGGCGCGGAACCGAGCUGGGGGGAGCCGCCGGGCAAGGGGGGCACCCCCCAGGCUACACCAGCCUCGCCUCCCGCCUCUCCCGCCUGGAGGAUCGCUUCAACGCCACCCUGGGCCCCUCCGAGGGCCAGGGCGAGGGCUGGACCCAGGAGCCAGGGGGCCUGCUCCACUGGCUGCCCGGGGCCCGGGGCCGCGUGGAGAAGCUGGAGGGGCUGCUGGCCAAUGUGAGCGGGGGCCUGGGCGCACGCUUGGAUCUCCUGGAGGAACAGGUGGCGGGGGCCGUGCAGGCGUGCGGGCAGCUCUGUUCCACGGCCCGCGGGGAGCAGGACUCGGCCGCCGGUGAGAUGCUCAGGGCCUUGGAGCGCAGAGUGCUGGACAGCGAGGGCCAGCUGCGCGUGGUGGGCUCGGGCCUGCAGAGGGUGGGGGCGGCGGGGGAGGCCCAGCAGGUCCUGCUGGAGACGCUGCGCGGGGCCGUGGGCCAGCUCCAGGAGCGCAUGCGCGCCCAGGAGGCGGCGGCCGCGGACCUGGCGCUGCGGCUGAACCUCACCGCCGCGCAGCUGGGCCAGCUCGAGGAGCUGCUGCAGGCCCGUGGCGACGAGGGCUGCGGGGCCUGCAGUGGCGUCCAGGAGGAGCUGGGCCGCCUUCGGGAUGGUGUGGAGCGCUGCUCCUGCCCCCUGUUACCUCCACGGGGCCCUGGGGCUGGCCCAGGUGUCGGGGGACCGAGCCGUGGACCCCUAGAUGGCUUCAGCGUGUUUGGGGGCAGCUCAGGCUCAGCCCUGCAGGCCCUGCAAGGAGAGUUGUCUGAGGUCAUCCUCACCUUCAGCUCCCUCAACGACUCCCUGCACGAGCUCCAGACCACGGUGGAGGGCCAGGGUGCUGACCUGGCCGACCUGGGGGCCACCAAGAACAGCAUCAUUUCUGAGAUCAACAGAUUGCAACAGGAGGCCACAGAGCACGUGACAGAAAGCGAGGAGCGCUUCCGAGGCCUGGAGGAGGGACAGGCCCAGGCCGGCCAGUGCCCCAGCCUGGAGGGGCGAUUGGGCCGUCUUGAGGGAGUCUGUGAGCGGCUGGACACGGUGGCCACGGGCCUGCAAGGACUGCGUGAAGGCCUUUCCAGACACGUAGCGGGUCUCUGGGCUGGGCUACGGGAAACCAACAGCACCACCCUGACCCAGGCUGCCCUGCUGGAGAAGCUGCUGGGGGGACAAGCAGGCCUGGGCAGACGGCUCAGUGCCCUCAACAGCUCCUUGCUGCUCCUGGAAGACCGCCUGCAGCAAUUCAGCCUGAAGGAUCUCACUGGGCCUUCGGGUGAGGCUGGGCCCCCAGGGCCUCCUGGAGUCCAGGGGCCCCCAGGCCCUGCUGGACCUCCAGGACCUCCAGGCAAGGAUGGACAAAAGGGACCCAUUGGACCACCAGGUCCCCAAGGUGAACAGGGAGAGGAGGGGGCACCAGCAGUCUCUAUGCCCCGGGUGGCAUUUUCAGCUGCCCUGAGUUUGCCCCGGUCAGAACCAGGCACAGUCCCCUUCGACAGAGUCCUGCUCAAUGAUGGAGGCUACUACGAUCCAGAGACAGGCGUGUUCACUGCGCCGCUGGCGGGACGCUACUUGCUGAGCGCGGUGCUCACGGGACACCGGCACGAGAAGGUGGAGGCCGUGCUGUCGCGCUCUAACCUGGGCGUGGCCCGCAUCGACUCCGGGGGUUACGAACCGGAGGGUCUGGAGAACAAGCCCGUGGCCGAGAGCCAGCCCAGCCCCGGCGCUCUGGGCGUCUUCAGCCUCAUCCUGCCACUGCAGGCCGGGGACACCGUCUGUAUCGACCUGGUCAUGGGGCAGCUGGCGCACUCGGAGGAGCCGCUCACCAUCUUCAGCGGAGCCUUGCUUUAUGGGGACCUGGAGCUUGAACAGGCGUAGACCCGCCGCGGGGUCUCCACCGCCACACCGCCACACGGGGAGUCUUUCGGGCACCCACAGCCCUCGGGGAGCCGCCGCACCCCGGCCCCGCCGCGCUGCGGACGCUCGGAGCGGCCUCUCCACGGCCGGGACGCGCGGACGCGGGGCCUCGGGCGAGCCCAGCCCAGCCGCAGCCAUCGGCCUGGGCGCGUGCCCUGGGGACCCCCGGGAGCCUCGCUCCAGGAGCCGGAGCCCAUCCUCCAUCCUCCCUUCCACCGGCCGCGUGGCCACUUCCCUGGCUCCAUCGAGGGCGCUUCCGGGCCCGCGCCGCCACCAGCAUUCUAAAUCAUUCAGGAAUAAUAAAUAAAGACACUUUUUUUUUU